AUGUUGCAGCUUGUGCUCCUCGCUGCCCUCGCCCUCUGCGGACACUGCUCCGAGGAGGAUCUCAAUGGGAUGCAACGGGUGGUUGGUGGGACCGAGGUGCGCUCGCACGCCUGGCCCUCGCAGAUCUCCCUCCAGUAUUAUUCCAGUAGUGGAUGGAGUCACACCUGUGGUGGGUCCCUCAUCAAGAGAAACUGGGUGAUGACGGCAGCCCAUUGUGUGGAUCGUAACAUGAACUUCCGUGUCGUGGCCGGCGAGCACAACCUCAACGCCAACGACGGUAGCGAGCAGAUCUUCAGCAUCAGCAAGAUCGUCAUCCAUCCAUACUGGAACAGCAACAACGUCGCUGGGGGCUACGACAUCGCCCUGCUCCGCCUGUCCAGCUCUGCCACCCUGAACAACUACGUGCAGCUGGCAGUCCUGCCCCAGGAGGGAUCCAUCCUGCCCAACAACUACCCCUGCUACAUCACAGGCUGGGGUCGCACCCGCACCAACGGGCAGCUCUCCAACGUCCUGCUGCAGGCGUACCUGCCCGUGGUGGACUACCAGGUCUGCUCCAGCUCAUCCUACUGGGGCUCCACUGUUAAGCCCAGCAUGGUCUGUGCUGGUGGUGAUGGUGUACGCUCCGGCUGCCAGGGUGAUUCAGGUGGUCCCCUCCACUGUGCGGUGAACGGGCAGUACCAGGUCCAUGGUGUCACCAGCUUUGUCUCCAGUCAGGGCUGCAACGUCCAGCGCAAACCCACCGUCUUCACCCGCGUCUCUGCCUACAUCUCCUGGAUUUCGAGCCCUUUCCGGGGGUGCCUGGGUGCUCGGCGGAUGCCGGCAGCUGCUUCGCCUCGAACUUCCUCCGCAGCAAACACCAAACCGCAGCGCGCGGCUGCGAGCAGGAACCGAGCUGCAGCCAUGGCAGAGGGCAAGAGUGGGGGAGCCGGGCUCUUCGCCAAGCAGGUCCAGAAACACUUCAGCCGGGCGCAGGAGAAGGUUUUGCAAAAAUUGGGCAAAACGGUGGAAACCAAAGAUGAGCAGUUUGAGCAAAGCGCCUACAACUUCCAGCUGCAGCAGAACGAAGGCAACAAGCUCUACAAGGAUCUCAAAGCUUUCCUGGGUGCCGUGAAAG